CUGUGUCCAACUGUAAUUUUAAGAUAUGUUGGGUGAGCUCAUUGUGAAACCUGGCCCCACCCUAUCAUGUGUUUUCCUGAGGUCAGAUGGCCCAGGAUGUGAGUGGGCGUUAAGGUGUCUGGGAAGGGAUCUCAAAACUGGAUUAUAGAUGGCAAACAAAAUUAUGUAAACAAAACGUAAAUAAUCCCUCAGGUGGGUUCCUCCAGGGUUCUCAGCUGAAUAAACGUCAAACAGAAAACUGAUUAAACAGAAGUGUGAGAUGAUUGAGAAUUUACGCCAGUGUCCUGUUAUAUUUUAGAUAGUAAGGAGCAGACGGCAGAGUUUAUUAAACUCCACCGAGACAGCGGUGAUGCAAAUCUGAAGGCUAGACCGUCCCAUUUCAUAGCCUCACACUUCCGCCCUUCUCAGUCUUCGAAGACAUGUGGGCCCAGUCCUAAGUUUUGGGACACAGCUAUUGUGUGCUGCGUUCAAACUGUGGCAUGCGCAAGUCCUCCUUAGAUUCUUUAUCAGCACCAUGCUGCAAACUUGUGGCCAUACUCUAUAGAGUAUUCUGGAGAAGGUAUAAAAUGUCACUGUAUAUAUGUGUGUUUGUAUUUUUAUGUGUAUAGAUUUUUAAAAAAAUGAUUACUCAUGAUAUAACAUUGUCCAGCCAUGCCUCGUAAGGACAGGAGGAAACCGUGUGAGGCUAAAGGUCGCGGACCCCUCAGCAGCUGGCUUAAAGAGAAGAGCACAGUCUCAGAUCAGCACAGCCCUGCCCUCCAGCACCACCAGCAGCAGCGGCAGCAGAAACCCCUCAACAGCAACAUUGUACCCCAUCAGGACAGUUCUGGUGGUAGCAGGGGGAGAGUGAAAUGGGAGCCAGAGGAAGCUACAGUCUCUCAGGACCCACAUAAACAUGAAUUUACAGUGGAAUUCGGUUCAGAGAAAUACAACAUUGACUGUGAGCGACCUUGCACAGUGCUGGAGGCCAUAAAAUCUAAAACAGUAUAUAAGAAGACGGUUAAGUGUGCAGAUGAAUAUGUUAUCAUUCGGAGGGGUACAGGAGACAACGAAUCAAUUGUUCCAACACAUUUUCCUUGUUCUUGUAUCAGUGAUGGUGAACUCCUAAGCAUAUCAAGUAUAAAUAAUAAACAGGUAGGGGAGACUAAAGAUGUUAGAGAUAUACAUCCAAAAGAUUCCUAUUCUGUCUUUUACAUUGAUACAAUGGGAGGGAAAAACCUAAAACCAAGCAAGCAUCUCAAAUUCACAAUACUAAAUAAGUUCAAGUAUCUUUGUGUUUACGGAGAGAAGGAGAUAACUGUGGAAGAGGCUCUAAAAAGAGAUGGCCGCUUCACUGAUGACAUCGGCUCCUUUGACCUGAUCAACAUCACUGACGAAUGUAAGACUGAGUGCACAGACAAAAUUGAUAGACUGGACGAGAAGAAAUUCCAGAUACAUCGUCUACAGAAAGGUAAUGCAGAAACAACAACAGAUGUAAAUCAAGUAGCCCUCGCCGGGCAACAGAAACUGCAGAAUCCGCCACAUGCAUCAAAUAAUGCAGAGCGCACAAGAGAAACAAGAUCAGUCUUAGCUGUAGCACAGCAGAAGGUAAUCAGUAUAAAAACAGCAGCGAAAGAAACAAACAGCAGCAUUGACCCUAAGGAGGUUUAUAAGCUACUGCGUAAGCAGUUUCCACGUCUGAAACAAUGGAUGGAAAGUAGAUUCCCUGGAAAUUCUUUCCAGGAAGCACUGAAACUGAGGAAGGAGAACUUUGGAAAGAUCCAACAGUCUUUUAGUGAAAUUCACAGAGUCAGGAAGCUGCUAGAGCUGAGCCAGUCAGUUUGUUUUAUAACUGGUACUUUCAUAAUGCAGGGCACAGGCUUUGUGCUGUUUGACAACUAUGUCUUGACGAAUGCCCACUUAUUCAAAUACUAUACUCACAAAAAAUCACCUAAUUGGCAGGAAAUUGAAAAUAUUACAGUUGUCUUUAACUUCGAAACACAAGAGUUUAAAGAAAUGAACAAGAUUAAUGCCAAGGUGUUUGUUGGCAACGCUGAAUUAGAUUACGUCAUACUUAAGCUAGAAACAGAGGAAGUGCCACCAGGGCUCCUCGAGAGAUUUGGACCUGUACCUCCAGAUGGUGAGGCCUGUGUUGUUGGACACCCAGGACAAGGAGUGAAAAAAAUGGAUCCUACAUGUGUCAUUGAGAAAGAGGGACGAGAGGAGGCUGUUAAUAAAAAUUCUGUAUAGAGACAAAAUGAUCACAGUAAUUAGUUCUGCAUCUGCCUUCUGUUUUAUAGUUGAACUUUUAUUUUGAAUUCUGUUUAGCUUUUAGUAUGCUGUUUACUUAUUUCAAUUUGGUUUGUAGUGUGAGGACAAAUUGUUUAAUUUUUACUUAAAUGUAUGUACUGUUGUUGUUGUUGUUGUUGUUGUUGUUGUUGGGGUUUUUUUUUUCAAAAGUGCAUUUCGUGUUGUUAUUUCAGUUAUCAAGAUGUUUUUGUUUUUUGUUUUGUUUUUUUAGAUUAAUUUUACUUUCUUAUAAUAACCUUAAAACAGGCUCAAUAAAUGUAACUUUGUCAUCACAAAAAAAUUUAAAUAGUAAAUAGUUUUUUUAUGAGCCUUUAAUUCUUAAUUCUUAAUGCUUGUAACCUGACUGGUAUGUAUUCAAGUGAAGUUCGACUUUAUGCUUUAUUAAAAUCUACUUGGAUAAAUAUUCUGUUCUGAUGUUGGACAGUAUUCAUUAUUUGUUACAUUUCCUUUAGUUUGUAUUAACGAGGAAAAUUAAUGUUUUUGUGAAGAUUUUGGUUGUUAAUAAAUCAGAAGUGAAGCAA